UGUCUCGUUCAAUCCAAUAUGGCGGCAAAUGGUGUAUGAAAGGUACGGAAUGUUUUGAUUCGAAGCGAUUAUUAAAAACAGUGAAAAAUUGUCGAAAUCGUAAAUUAAUAGGCAAUGGCCGGUGCGUUAAUGAGAUAAAUGUGUUGAAAAUACGUUUCCAGGGUUCAGUGCGUGCGUGUCGCGUUAAAAAUUGUGAAUUUAUUUGUGUGUUUUUUGUGAGUUUUUCGCUGCUAAUGUUGCCGUCCGUGGUGAUAUGUGACCAGAGUUUACGCGAUAGAUAUGUCUACCGACCCUGAUAAAAACACUCCAUGUCCGGAAUCGAAUAAGACAGCAGUCACGGUUCUCCCCGUGACAAUCGGGGACAAAUUUAAUGACGAGCAACAUAAAGAUGAGAAAACGAAGAAAACCCGUUCUGUUUCCUUCCCUGGUGAUGACCAGUUAGUUACCCAGUAUUUUGAGCCAGCAAACCCUUGGCAAGAUGUGCCCCUCACGACCAGAGCCGAAUUGGCAGCGGAAUAUCUGGAGGCGUGUCGGAAACACGAGACGCUACCGAUCGACGGCGUGCUGCAACAAAUACGGGAGUUGCCAGACUCGGCAAUGGGCUUCGGCAGCCGAGCGGCGAGGCUCACGCUGUCUGAAUGUAUACUGCUGGGCUCGGCGCCGGCGGACGCGUUGGAGGCGGUGCUCCGCAAGGUGCAGUUCCGCAGGAUCGAGGUGGACCACGCGGCACAAGACGACGAGGGCGCGGAAGCGUUAUUCGACAUGAUAGAGUAUUACGAGAGUGCUACCUCGAUCUGCCUGAGCGGACCGAGGCAGUUCGGCAUCAGGGGGUGGCAGGCUGCCGCCAGGAUGAUCAAGAAGAGCGCGGAGCUAACGGACCUGGAAGUGCGCGACAGCGCGCUGGAGGCGGCGCACGCGCCGGUGCUGGCGCGCGCGCUGCGGCCGCACGCGUGCCGCCUGCGCGCGCUGUGUCUGCAGCGCGCGGAGCUGCAGGGCGAGUCUCUGCUGUGUCUCGUAAUAGCGCUCAAGUCGAACAAUUCCGUCCGGGAGCUGAGGUUGGGCGACAACCGGCUGACAACCAACGACGCGGCCCAGCUGGCGUCGCUGUUGCGAAUUAACACAAGAAUACAGCUGUUGGAUCUGUCCAAUAAUCUAAUACAGGACGCGGGGCUGGGCCACCUGGCCACGGCGCUGUCGGAACAGGCCGUCUCCCCUCCCUCGCACGCCUCGCCCCCCGAACAGUGGCCCGUUGUAGGCAGCUACGAGUCUCGGGGUUUGGCAUUUCUCGUUCUAUGGAACAAUCAGUUGACGAGAAACUGCGCGCAUCAUCUCACCAAAGCAUUGAGUUCGUCCCCGUCUCUGUGCGUCCUGAACGUGGGCCGGAACGCGAUAGGCGUGGAAGGCGUCCGCGCGCUGUGCUGCGGGUCACUGACCUCGCUGGGGCUGCAGGCGGCGCGGCUCACUGCCGACGCUGCGCAUGCGCUCGCGCAGCUGGUGCUGUGCACCUCUGUGCAGAGGUUAGACCUGCGCGAGAACAGAUUGGGGUGCGCGGGUCUGCAGGCCAUAGCGACGGCCUUGAAGGACAACAACACCAUCACGCAGAUCGACCUCGACGACGUGCCGGAAUCGACGUCAACGUUGGCGGAGCACCGGCUGACGCGCGACAUCCGCGCGCGCUGCCGCGGCAACAGCGCGCGCGGCGCCCGCGCGCCGCUGCGCAGGAUCAGUCUCACCGGACACGCCGCCGUCUCGCCGACGCUGGCGGUGUCGGAGGCGGAGCCGCGCGGACGCCUGCGGUCUCCGCUGCCGUCGCCGGCCGGCAGUCCGGUGCCGGCGCCGCAUCACGCCUCGCGCUUCUCCGUAACAAAAGUGACUCCGGACCGGGAAUCAUUGGACAGUCAGCCGUCCACACCGACUCGACCCUCGUAUUGCGCGCCGUCUCGGUUCAAAGUUGUGCAGGUCGCAGAACCGCCCCAAAUACAAGUGCAGCCUGCCUCCCAGCCGAGACGGAACACCUCGCGAUUCUCAGUCACGAGGAACUACGACUCUGUUUACAACCCCACUGUCCCAGCAGUGGGCAAACCCGACCGCCCAGAGGCCAAACCCAGUCCCGAAAGCUUGACCAAAACCGCUUCCUGCCCCAACGUCGAUAUCCAGUCAGAAAACUUGCCCACUGGUGGGCUAAACCCAGCGUUGGACAAAGACGAAAAAUCUACACCCAAAGCGGACUUAGUCAAGACUGAGUCGUGUCCAGUCGUGGGCGAAACUCAUGAGAAACACGAAACGAAUUUAAUGAAAACUGAAUCUUGCCCAGCAAUGAACGAAAGUGACAGACCCGAAGCGAAGCCCAGUCCAGAAGUUCUGGAGAAAACAUUGUCUUGCCCAGCUGUGGUCCUGAACGAGCCCCAAAUCGAGUCAACUCUUACGGAACCUGUGAAAAAUCAAGCGGUCGAUGAAAUGAAAGCAACAGAUGAGCCAAUGGAAGCAUCAACAGAUGACAAAAAUGUCACUAGUGACGCUUUAGAUGUUAAAUCUAAUGAAAAUCCUGAAAUAAUGCCCAAUUGUAAUAUAUCAGAUAAUAACGAUAAAUCUCAAUGCGAGACAAGUGAUAAUAACUAUGACCAAAAUGUGCGUGAUGCCAAAUAUGAUAGUACUGAAAAUAGUGAUAUUAAAAGUAUUAACAGUGAUAGUGUAGUGUCUAUUGUAGAUAAAGUAGAAGAAGUGACUCAUAAUGAGGAAAUUGACGAUGAUGUGCGUAAGACAGAGACGAAGUUAGUUAAAAAUACAUUAGAAGUAAGCGAGACAGAGAAGGUUGAUGUGAGUGUUGCGAUGACAGUCACCACGGAGUCCAAAGGCCAGCCGAGGGAGGUGGAACACAACACGAAGAAGGAACAAGUUGCGAUGAAGCAGAUCGAAGCGAUAACUGAAGACCUCGGUAACCUCAUUCAAGAAAUGAAGGAUUUCACCACAAAGACCUCCAAAACAGACUGCACCAAUACUGAUUUAGAUGUACCUGCGAUACGUGGUAAUAUAGUUCUUAAGAAAAACAAGAGUGAAUCGAGUUUAGAUAGCCCCGAUUUAGAAGUAUCUAGACUUAUGAACAAAAAGUUGAUAGAGAGUCCAUUUCGAGACAGUAGUUCCUCUUUGGAGAUAUCGGGGAGCUCCGUUGAAAGUUUGAACGCAUGUGAGAACGUCCAAAAACCUAUCAUCAUACACGAAUCUGUGGUUUCUGAUACUGAAUUGGAUAGGAGAAAACCCGACCAUGUUACGUUGUCGACUGAGAGCAGUAUAGAUUCGAAUACCAGUGAGAUAACGCCAGUGAACUGCGGCAACUUCUUGAAUAUGUCGGUUAGUUCGAACGAGAGCGUGUCGCCUAUUAUUUUUGGCAAAAGCAAGAAAAUUCACGAUUCCUUGUCGAGUUUGGAGGCGAGUGUGAGCUCUUUGGACUCGGGGAGACACGAUAAGAUCAUGAUAAACUCAGCGGAUUCGGGCAUAGAGUAUUCUUUGCAGAAUCCUUCGGAGAAUAAAGACGAUAACUCGUCGAAUGAAGGCACGUUAACUAAUAACUCCAGUCUGAAAGACUCUGCCAGAAGCGACAUCCAUGAUACGCUGACGUCGCCUAAACGGGCGUCGUCUCUGCUUGAUGUGCCAGCGUUGAGAAAUAAAGGGUUGGAUCGUAUGAAAAAGAUGUCCUGGGUCGCUCCGUCUCCUAGCUUCCAUAUCCCACGCCCGGAGCCCGAGAAAGAGACGAAACUACCAACGAAUUUGGAGAAAUUAUUGAGUCUCUUUCAACAUCCGAGCAGUUUAUUUUCUCGUUCGUCCGAUGACGAGAAAAAGACAACUUCCAACACUCCGCCUAGGAAAGACUCCUCAUUGACAAGUGCUUUUUGGUCCUGGGGAAGCACCAUAGAGAAGGACGACAAGGAAGACAGAGAUAGCUCAUCCGAAGCCACAGAUUCAACAUUAUCAGAACGAAUCCAAGUCUCAUUCGUUGACGAAUCGUUUUCGAAGAAAUUGGACAGCAAAACACCUUCAACCGACACGGACACACUCAGCGAGUUCCAUCUACAGAACUCCGAGGAAGAGAGGAACUACAAAGUUACCCACAGUACCACCGAUGAAUUAGUACAAAAGUUAGUUUUAAGUACAGAUACAGGCUCAAACGGCAACCAGACCCGAGCUAGUGAUAUCAUAGAUCUCAGAAAACCCAACGAUUUAAAUAAAAACGUUGUUAGUACAGCCACAAGCGACGGCAAAGUUGAGGAGAAGGAUGAAAUAGCACAACCCAGAACAUUCGCUGCGGUUCUUAAGUCCUCCGGCUCAGAGAAUUCUCUAGAUAAACAGAACAGUCCUGAAGGCCAACCCGUGGACAAACUUCCUAGCAAAGUUAUUAGAGGAAUCAAAGAAAACAUCAGUCCGGAAAGCACUUUGACCUCAAGCAUGAGCAACACUAAAGCGCUAGCUAUAGAAUUGUCCGAGAGACAGAUAAAAAAUCAGCCCAUAGUCAAUGCUGUUUGGGAAGUGACGGAUAAAAGUGAUUUUAAAUCGGACGAUGUUAAAUGCCAGAGCGAUUUGGCGCCGAUAGCGACGAUUGAGGAGACUUGUGAAGAGAAUCUGGUCGUAGAUUUCAUUGAUGACGCGAAGUUCGACGACAAAAACACUUCUGGAGACAGCGGAGUGACGUCGCUAGAGGGCGCGGCUGACGACAGGAAAUACAACAAAAUCAUAGACAUGACCAGCGAGCUAGACAACGUUGAUUUAGGAAAAGACGCGCUUGCAUAUUUAAUUUAUGAGAAUCAAGAGUUCGACGAUAACAACCAGAGUUUAGCGCAAGAGUUGAAGGAUGCAGAGAUUAAAGAAUUGUUGGACACGUCACCGGAACUCGUCGUAGACGAGGCUAUAGAAAUACCAGAGAUAUUCACGACAAGAGAUUUGAAAAUAAAGUCGCCAGUGAUACCGGAGCGGGCGAAACUUAAAAAGUCUAAUUCGUUAGAAGAAUUGUCCGUUCAAGACGAGAAAGAUGGUCCGAAGACGAAAACUAUAGCUUUUAAAAUGCCCGAAGUGACGACGACACCUAGGGACAUUCCUAGGAAUAGAUUACGGACAAGAUCCGGAUCGAGUCCGAAGUCUUUGCCCGAGAGUUUGAACAAGCCGUGUCCGUUAACUAAAAUGGACUCAAUAUUGGGUAAAAAGAAAAAGAAAGUCUCGUCUUUGGGCAAAAUGGCGCGCGAUUCCCUUCUAGCGUUGAACAUGACUGAGGAGGAGAUAGCGGAGUUUAGGAAAUCCUACAAAUUAACGUCGGUAGAGAGUUUGAAGUCUCUAGAGUCUGUGUCAGAGGACGCCAAUUCCCAAAGUGGUAAUUCUGUGGACUCGAGAUGUAGGUCUUGUUUGAGAAUGUCGCAGGAGAGCCUCAUGUCUUUAGACUCCAUCUCCGAAGACUGCCGAUGUACCGACGAAGCGAAACCCGGCCACUCGAAUAGAUAGAUUUCGAUAUUAUAAUGUAAUUCGGCUUUUGUCCAUAGCCGGGUUAUAUCGCUCUUACUAACAUUCAUUGAAAAAUGAGCCUUAAAACGUUUUAUUUAGACAUAUUUGUCACGAAGAGUUAUAAGCAAUCAGGUUUGUCAAUGUAAAAUAUGUCUUAAGCAUACGCUUGCAAAGCUCAGAUUUCAAUGAGCAAUUUUACGUGGGAGUGAUCUCGUAUAGGCUACACUGUAAUUAAAUGGAGUAUGCGGUGAAACAAUUUAAUAAAUAAAAUGUCUUUGUCGUUUGUAUGUUAUUGUUACCAGAAUGACAGAAAUAAAUGACUUGGCUAACUCCGUUUGAAUUUACGUGUUAAGUUUAUAAUGUUAUCUAUUCGAUCAUUGGUCGCGGGUCGCGAUGUGUACAAUAUGGCUUUAUCGUUUCAUAAUUACUGGUUGUAAUAAACUAUAUAAUAUGUGUACAGACAUUUGUGUGUAAAGAUUUUUAAAUUCACCGCCAAAUAUUCGAAAGGUAUUUUGCGAGUUCCUCGAAAUUCCGACGCAAUGAAUGCUUGAGACAGCAUGUUAUAUUUAAAGGAAUUGUUUAAAAUUCUUUUGAAUCUUUGGCUGUGUUUGCGGAUUUUACAUAGCUUUUUAUUAAAUCGCAUAUAAUCCUUGUUAAAAAAUUUUGUAAAAAAUAUUACAUAUGAAUAACAAAACCGGAGCCUGUAACCUUUCACACACAUAUUAUCUAUAUAUACGCGUUUCUCUCGGCAUGCUUAGGAGUUGUGUAUUUAACAUAUAUGUGGUUGCAUUAUAAUAUUUCCUGUCUAUAUAUAAUUUUUAGGAAAUCAUUUAAACAAUACGAAGCGGUGUAAAAUACGCUAAACACAAACAGCUUUAAGUUUCACCGUCAUUUAAACUGUUAUAUAGCAGAAACAUUGCGCGAAAAUGGAAACACUUAAAAAUACCAAAAAAUAUUUUUUUAAAACCCUUUUAAAAAAAAAAUACAAAAUCCCUUUUUAUAUCGUUCAACUAAGUUAUUUAAAUUCAAAUUCAAAUCAUUUAUUCAGAAAUUAGACCCUCACAGGCACAUUUUUCUCGUCAAUAUUUAUAGUUAUUUCUCACAAGCUACAAACUACUGGCAUUUCGGAACGACCACUGCUGGGAAGAAAUGCCGAAAGAAACUCAUUUGAACAGUGUUGAUCCCUAUCAUGCCAGUUAUUCAAAAUGGACUGAUAAAAAGGUAAACAAAAAAAAACGACAAUACAAACCAAAAAUAUUAAGUAAGCGACAUGACUCCAUAAAACAACACCAACAAAAAAAUUAAGUUUAAUAGAAAAUUCUUAUUCAUAGUCGUAUUCCUCAUGGCUGAGGGUCGUGGUCAUUACGUGGAAUGAAACACACGCAACAACUUUCUUGGCAUUAUUAAUGGAGUGGAUUGCCAUUGCCUUCUCCAUUUCACACACAAGUUAAUAAUCAACCAGUGUGCCGGUUUCCUCACGAUGUUUUCCUUCACCGGUAGCAAGUGGUGGUCUAUGAAAAUUACUGUACAUGAGUCAGAUCGGUAUAUAAACACAUGUGGCACGAGUAGGAUUCGAACCUGGGACCUUUCGAUACACAGGCGCGUCUUAAUAGAAAAUAUGAACAAAGGAAUAAUGAGAAAUAGUGUUUUUUUUUCGAGGUUUGUUUACCUUUUGUCUCAGUCCAAGGGUAUAAUAGUAUAACUUGAUGUUCUAACUAUGUUUAUCCUCAAAAUCAAUAUAUCCACAUACCAACUAUGAGUACUUAAAAAAAAUUACAUGUGCCGUCUUGCCAUUGUAAUAUGCACCUACAGUGCAGCGAAUUAGGUUCAAAUUUGAUUGCUAUGGUCAGUUUAAAUGGUUGGAGAGACCCACAACCUACGGGGUACGACACAAUGUUGUAUGAACCGAUUCGAAUAAGUAACCAUUUGAUACAUUAGAUGACUAGAUAUUUCGCUAAUACAUAAACUUAUACUUAUUAAUGUUAUGUGUUCACGAAUUUUGAUGGAUUUUUGUACGGAAUAGUGACUCCAGGACAGAUUAUGUGUGUUUGUUUAAAUAAAUAUAUUAUAUAUUAGGACAAAUCACACAGAUUGUGUUAUCAAAGUUCGAAACUUGAAUAUAGUAUCGUUGAGUUAGUAUCCCACAACACAAGUUUCGAACUUACUUUGGUAACUCAAUCUGUGUGAUAUGUUCCUAUAUAUUUAUUUGUUAUUAAGUCCACAUAUUGUUAGCUUACAGUAACCUAUGUACUUGUAUUUUUCUUGUAUUAAUUGAUAUUUUUAUUUAUUGAUCAUUUUCGUGCAAUAAAGUUAUUGCAAACAGACAAACAAAAAUUUUCAUAGAUACAAUAUGCAUGUAUAUAGCGAAAGAUCUAGAAACGUGAAGUGCCAUUGGUUACCGUCGUCGGUUUAAGUGUUUAUAAUAUGUAAUAAAAAGCUCAAUAUAUCAAAUUGAUAUAUUGAAUUUCUCUUGAAAGUCUAUUUUAAAUGUAAUAUAUUUAAAUACCCUGUUAUUGAUAUGAAACGGAAAAAUAUCCCAAUAUAAAAUUUGAAAAUGAAGACGUUUUAGCUCAGUUUUCAAAUUCUUAAUUCAAUUUAGGAUGAUAUACAUCACUUAUUGACGUAAAAAAAAAUACUUAAACUGAGUCUACUGCCGAUUUCCAAAAGUGAAGAAGAAGCGGCGCAACAAACUUCACCGCGGCCUUUUCACCAACGCCAAUGUUUACAAAGUUUACAAUUCGAACAUGUAAAACUGGAUACGUGAAAAACUUAAAAUAUAUGUUUUGUCACUAUCGCACUUUAUAAUAUUUGCCAUUGACAGAAAGAGACGAAACAUACUUUAGCUUAAAGUGUGUUUUAAUUAUUUUAUGAAUAAAAAAAGAUUAGAAUAUAAAAAGCGCUGUAUCCUACUGAUUGGCAACACUGUGUUUAUCAACCAAUCUCGACCGCUCUAUUUUAUAUGGCAAUAAUUAAAAAAAAAAUUGUUUCAUUCGUUUUCUGCUCUUUCUGUGACACAUAACUGGACACUAACGUCACCAUCACGUGGCGAUGCCGGUAGUCACAGUCUACUAAACCGAAAACGGUGGUCACCAAAAUCUUCAUAGUAGACUGUGACUACAUUGCGUAAUGGAAAACUGUAAUAGUUUGCAAUAAAUUCCUUUAUCUAGCGUAGAAUAAUUUGGAAAGAGGAUUUUUUAGUUUUUGCAAAUAAACAAAAGUUAUUGGUAAAAAUGUGUUGGUGGCGCUAGUGUGCAGUUAUGUAAUAAUAAUAAUAAUUUUAUUCACUAAAAAAGUUAAUAUCAUUAUUAGUUAUGUAUACCUUAAAGACAAAUUGUAACUAUUGAGCGUAUAAAAAAGGUGUAAUUUUAUUUUAUACGGCUAAAAUCUGCUAAAAUGCCUUCAAAAUAUUUUAAGGGGAGAUUAUUUUGUUUCGUUCUAUGAGAGGGUUAUCGAUAAUUUUCAGAGCAAGUGAAGUUUUUAAUACAAAAUCAUCGUUGUUAGCUAAUCUUCAUACGUAUUAAAAGUACGUUGCGUUUUGUGUUCUGUUGUGUUUGUUAAAAUCAACGUAAAUUUGAUGUUGAUUUUAAUCGGCGCGCCGCUGACGUUCUGACAAAAUGGCGUACUUUGCGUUGACGGUGCAACCCACCCUAGAAAUUAUGCUAAAGACUUCAUUAGCUCUGAAGAAAAUCUAAAUAUAAUGGAAUUUAUUUAAAAGGACGACCAUUUACUGAAAACAAAUACUAUUUUUCUGCGGAAAUAGAUAUAUGUAACUCCAGCUCCACGCUGUCGCCGAACUCGGACACACGCCGACGCGAACGUGUAAACAUUGCGUAGCCAGUACCAGUGCUUGUAUUUACCGCAAUGGAAAACCAGCAAUGUAUACCGAAUCCGCCAAAGUUUGGCGAACUGUUCGACGGCAGUGUGGAGCCGGUGUGAUGUAUCAUUAUGGCUUUAAGAAAAGAGAUUGCUCAAAAAAACUCAAAAAGUCCAAUGCAUCGGGGACCCGUAUCGGGUCGCAGACGUCCAAGGACUGCGGUGUUUGCUUACCGUCAGACAAUCAUCGUGUUCUUUUGCCCGCUAUACAUUAAAAAGCGAUGAAAACGCAUGUGUUAAUGUAUCUGUUUAGUCUAAAUUCACACAUUAAAAAUAUAUAAAAUUUCACGUAAAUUAUUACUUAAUAAUUUUUAAGCUACUAAUGGCGGCUUGUACUUGAUUGACCUAUAAAAUGAGAGGCCUUUUAAAUAAUUUCUAUAGGAAAUAAACAAUUUGUAUAUAGACACGGUUAUUCUAAUCUUCAAUACAUUAAAUGUUUUAAUAAUUAUGUGUUACUUAA